ACGUAACGAACCCGGAAAAAAGAGGCGCUGGAGAAGGAGCCAGGCGCGAUCCCCCUGAUGCUGCUGCAAGCCCCGCCGGGAGCAGCCCGCAGACUCGACGGAGCCUGAGCGCCAUGUCCGGGACCCGCCGGCCGAGCCCCCCACGCCGUGCAGACACGCAGCUCGGGGGUUGCUAGAAGGAGCCCAGAAUGCCUUAUGUGGAUUGUCAGAACCGAAUCUGUGGGUUCCUGGACAUUGAAGACAAUGAUACCUGUGGGAAGUUCCUGCGAAGAUAUUUCAUCCUGGAUACCCAGGCCAACUUCCUCCUUUGGUAUAUGGACAAUCCCCAGAACUUGGCUAUAGGAGCAGGAGCUGUGGGAUCUUUGCAUCUGACCUACAUUUCAAAGGUCAGUGUGGCUACUCCAAAACAAAAACCGAAAACUCCUUUCUGUUUUGUUAUCAAUGCUUUGUCGCAGCGCUAUUUCUUACAAGCCAGUGACCAGAAGGAUCUGCAGGACUGGGUGGAUGCACUAAAUCGGGCCUGCAAGAUAACGGUACCGAAGACUGGGAAUUUGUCUCCAACCACAGAUGUCGCAAAACCUCCCUACAAGACUGAGAUAAUCGGUGGGGUGGUUGUGCAGACACCCAUCUCUGUCAACCAGAAUGGAGGGGACAGCUCUGAAGGUGGUGAGGUAGCAGUUCACCCUCUUUUGAGACGCUCCCAGAGUUGCAUCCCCACUUCAGGUACCAAAACACCACCUGGUCCUCCACUUCUCAAGAGUGGCUAUUGUGUAAAGCAGGGGAAUGUGAGGAAGAGCUGGAAACGGCGGUACUUUACCUUGGAUAACAUUUCCAUCAGUUACUUCAAGUGUGAGCAGGAUAAGGAACCAUUGCGUUCAAUCCUCCUGAAAGAUGUACAGAAGACUCAUGAAUGUCUAGUCAAAUCUGGUGAUCUUCUAAUGCGGGACAAUCUUUUUGAAAUCAUAACAAGCUACAGAACCUUCUAUGUCCAGGCCUAUAGUCCUGAGGAUAUGCACAGCUGGAUUAAAAUGAUCACAGGGGCGGUGCAGGCGCUGAAGAGCUGCCCAAGGGAAAUGCCCUUAGUGAGAUCCGUGUCCAUGAGCAAACGUGGAGGCCAUGCCCUGCCCAGCUCAGCCAUCCCAUCCAUUGCUAGACUGAAGCAGUUGGGAGAGGAGAAGAAGUCUGCCUGCAAAGGUUCCUCAGCAUCAUGUUGGGUGCCUUGGACACCUGUGCCUCAGCCAGAGGUCAAGCAGCAGUCUACAGUCAAGGAGCAGACUGCUGAACUGAAGGACUCUGAGUUUGCACCUGUGUUUACCAGGCGAGAUGCUGGAGCCAUGCAGGGAGGUCGUUUACGGCACAGGUCGGAACCUCAGAACUUUAAAGAGCACCCCUUUCUAUAUGACCUGGAAGAUGAGAACAUCCGGACCUCGGAUGUGUGACUGCAGAGACACAAUGGAACUUGCAGGCAGCCCAUGGAAGCUGCUUUAGGGUUCAGAUGAAGCCCUAAGCCCCACACCAGGUGUGCUGGGUGAAUGUUGGCUAGCUUGCAUAUGCUGAGGGAGCAACUGAGACAUGGAGCAACCACUGCAGUCCUAUGAACUUCACCUUGGGGAGGACAAUCAAAAGGGGGACCACAAGCACUGGCUUACUCAAGGCCUAAGACCUAGGAGAAUGAGCUGUGCCCAAGGGAUUAAGCUCCUCCCCAUUGUUGACCCCCCCUCCCAUGUUUACAAAACCAGGCAAAAGGUAUGAUUUGGCCCUGCCCCCUUUGCCUCGGGGAGAAGUUCAUCAAGCCUUUUUCCUCCAUCAAAUGGAGAUCUUCCACUGGAUGCCUUCUCACAUAGUGAAAGGAAGGCCAUAUCAUCUUAGCUAGGAACCUUGGGAAGGGGGUUACCUUCUGUAUAUGUGUGUGUGGCUUUGCUGGAGUCAAGUAGAUGUUAAUGUAUUUGGUUGCACCCACUCUCAAGUGGUGACACACUGGUGGUCUGGUUUGUGUGGUUGAUCCUUGCGGAGGCUGAGGACAAACACUGAGGCUGGUGGUACAGAAAUUUCUUAUGGCUGUUAGUAUGGCACCAGUCUGCUGUAGGGCAAGCACAGAGACUUUUUGCUGCUGCAUACAAGAGCAGUGGAAAGUGGGAGUUGUCAGAAAACUGCUCUGGAGAGAAGAAAACAUCUGUGACAAAAAUGUUUGGAGGGAAAGAAAAUGAACCACUGUGGGGUAUUCACAAUAUAAUAUUUUAAUUGUAGCUUAAUCUAAGAUGGGAAUUUUUAAACUCUGGUAUAGGCACCCUUGGUGAUUCAGGAAGGCCUUGGCAAAAGAGAAAUUAAAUGAUUCAAAGUC